AACAAUUAAAAAAAUGUCAACUGUAAUGCUUCAAUGUUGAAUCAAAUACUAUCUAACUGUUCACGAACCUGAUCAACUUACCCGUGUCUCCAUCACUUUAGAAAGAAGAACAAGAGCAGCUUAUGCAAAAACCAGAAUGGUACACUAAAGCACAAGAUUACUGGAACGGCGUUACAGCUUCCGUCGAUGGCAUGUUGGGCGGUUUCUCUGUCCUUGAUCCUAUUGACGUCAAAGGCUCGUUGAGCUUUGUGAAAGAGUUCAACCACUUGGCAGGAGGUUAUGCUUGCGAUUGCGGAGCAGGUAUUGGUCGCGUUACCAAAAAUUUCUUAUUGAAAGUGCCUUUCGCCAAAGUAGAUGUGGUUGAACAAGCACCUAGUUUUGUUGAGCAGGCCAAAGCAGAUUAUUUGAAAAGAGAGAUAGAUGAAGGUAAAAUUGGAAAUCUGUAUUGUCAAGGCUUGCAAGAUUUUGUACCUGAGGAAGGCAGAUAUGAUUUGAUCUGGUGUCAAUGGGUGCUGGGCCAUUUGACAGACGGUUUGAAGCCCAAUGGUUUGAUUGGCGUCAAAGAGAAUAAUGCAUCAAUAGAACAAGGUGUUUUCGAUGAGGAAGACAGUAGUAUUACGCGUCCUAAUUCUGAACUAAAAGAACUAUUUAAAAAGGCCGGCUUAACGUGCAUCAAGGAAGAAUUACAAAAAGAUUUUCCUCAGGGCUUAUUCCCGGUUCGAAUGUAUCUAUUAAAACCUUCCUCAACAUCGUCAUUAUCAUGAAUAAGAAAUACGUAGUAGAAUAAAUCGCUUGUAUAUGUAUAUAGAUAUAUCGGUGCAUAAUUUAAUAGUCAAAAUUAUCUAGUGCUGUUCAUCAAUUGUUCUCAAUAUCCACUGUAGUUGUUGAACUUCUCUCACUCAGUUCACUGGUUGAGUUCAAUGUAGGAGACGAAGGAUGUUGUCUUGACAGUGUUAAUGUAUUACUAGCCACACGUUCUGCUUGCUUUGGAUCGUGAGAUAUCCAUAAACAAGUUUUCGGUUUCAAUGCUUUUUCAACUAACUCUACGGAUUCAGGGUCUAAUGCUGAAGUAGGUUCUGUUAUAAGAGAUAGAUGAAAAAUUAGGAGUUCGUCCUUAAUUGCCUAUUUAAGAAUGUUACUUCGUUUC